UAUAUUUUAAUUCAACAAAAAUUUAUGUAGGGUUUAGAGACUGUGCUAUAAAGAUAAAAAUGAAAGCAGUUCCUGCCCCUAAGGAACUUUUAUUUAAUGGGAAUGACUUUUUUUUAAUCCUCAGGCAAAGAAGGUCUCAAAGAGAAAAUAAUGACAAAAACUUUGAGGUAUAUAGGAUUUCUACCCUUCUUUCACUCAGCCAAAUGGAGAAUUCUACUUCCUCUGCAACAAUUGAUGAUAUCACAGUGUAAUAUGAAUAUUCUCAGUUCUAUCCAUGAAACUUAAAAAUUGAAAUCACACCUUGGCAGAGUGAGAGACCUCGAGCCAGGUAUUCCUGACAAUAUUCAUCUAGCAAUUAUAUAAUACCAGGAAAUCUAGUGGUGACAUAUGCCAGCCAGCCACCUUUCAAGCUGUAACAGCCUAUCAGUCCUGAUGCCGUGGAGAGUCAUGUGGCAGGAAUUUCCUAUGAGCUCAUCAAAAACAAGCCAGAGAAAACUAGUGAGGAAAUAGAUGGGGUAUCUUCCAAUGUGGCUUUGGAUAACAGCUGCAGAGAUCAAGAAUGACGGAGAGAAGAAAGUGUUUAAGUGAAAAUGUUUAUUCUGAAGUGCCUGAUGGAGGAUGGGGCUGGGUAGUGGCUUUUUCAUUUUUCUUGGUAGAAGCACUUACAUAUGGUGUCAUCAAAUCAUUUGGUGUCUUCUUUAAUGACAUAAUGAACAGUUUUAAGGAAACCAACAGCAGAAUCUCAUGGAUAAUAUCAAUAUGCGUGUUUGUGCUAACAUUUACAGCUCCUCUGUCCACGAUAUUGACUAAUCGUUUUGGCCAUCGUCCAGUGGUAAUGGCAGGAGGACUGCUUGUCAGUGUGGGCAUGAUGGUGGCAUCCUUUGCACAAAAUGUUGUUCAUAUGUACAUAACUAUUGGAAUAAUAUCUGGUUUGGGAUUCUGCCUUAGCUUUCUCCCUACUAUCACCAUUCUGUCACUAUACUUUGAAAAAAGGCGGUCCCUUGUGACUGCAGUUGCUUCCACAGGAGAAUGUUUUGCAGUGUUUGCUAGUGCACCAGCUAUCACAGCUUUAAAAGAAAAGAUUGGUUGGAGAUACAGUCUCUUUUUCGUUGGUGUGCUACAGUUAAAUAUUAUCAUCUGUGGAGCCUUGCUUCGACCUAUUGUAAUCAGACCACCUGGAACACCAAAAGAACCUUCAGUUGAAAAUCGGAAAGAAGUACAAUAUAUGCUUGAAAAUGAGAAAACACACACCUCAAUAGACUCCAUUGACUCAGGAGUAGAAUUAACUACCUCACCUAAAAAUGUGCCUACUCAUGCCAGUGCAGAACCUGAGCCAAAGACUGACAUAGAAAUCUUGGUAAAGUCCAGUGAUACAAAUGCAAAUGAAAAGGCUUCAUUAUUGGACUUUUCCAUUUUGAAAGAAAAGAGUUUCAUUUGUUAUACACUUUUUGGUGUAUUUGCUACACUUGGAUUCUUUGCUCCCUCUUUGUAUAUCAUUCCUCUGAGCAUCAGUCUGGGUAUUGACCAGGAUCGUUCAGCUUUUACAUUAUCUGCAAUGGCAGUGGCAGAAAUUUUUGGAAGAAUGAGUGCUGGUUUUGUCCUUGAUAGAAAGCCCAUUCGUAAGAUCUAUAUUGAGCUUAUCUGUGUUAUUUUGUUGACUAUAUCUUUAUGUGCCUUUCCUUUUGCUUCUGCAUUUUGGGGUCUUAUAAUAUGUAGUGCAUUUUUUGGGUUCAUGCUUGGAACAGUAGCAGGCACUCAUAUUCCUCUACUAGCUGAAGAUGAUGUAGUGGGAAUUGAGAAGAUGGCUUCUGCAGCUGGAGUCUAUGUCUGCGCUCAGAGUAUAUCAGGACUUGCUGGACCACCCCUUUCAGGUAUUCUAGUGGAUACCACCAAGAAUUAUGCUUCAGCUUUCUACUCCUGCACAGCUGGCAUGCUACUAGCAGCUAUUUUUCUAGCAUUUGUGAGACCAUGCAAAGUUGGAUUAUGUCAACAUCCUCAAGAUGAAGUGAAGUCUAACAGUCAGACCUCAAAGUCUUUACAAGAUACACCUGAAGACUUUCUUGAAAUGGACCUUGGGAAACAUGAAAACAAAGGAAAUAAGAAAAAUAAUGUAGUAUGAUAAGUUCUUCAAACAUCAAAAACUGGGUUGAUAGGAUAUUGAGGAAAAGGUGACUGACCACCUUUUCUUCCCCACUUUCAGAAAUACAUCUUAACAGGAAUGUAUAUGUGAACAGGACUAUCUACAUCUUUUUGAAAAGGUUUCUUUUUCAGUUUGUUUUUAAGUUAGCUAAAAAAAACAAACAAAAAGGCUUCCAUUCCAUUCCAUUUUAAGUUAUUAGCUAUAUGAGGAUGUGUUAGACUUUCAUAUUCCUGUUUUUAAAGAGGUGCUAAGCAUCGGCCACAUGUUUCCACAGCUCUAGUUCCCAUGCGGUAAACUGGAAUCUUAUGAAAUAAACGUAGCCCAUGUGACAAUGAGCAGACCAUGCAAAAAUUCUUAAGCAUCACUAAAACUCCUUUUGUCUUUUUAGAAAAAUGAAUACAUAGGCAAAUAUGAAUUUAAAAAUUUUUUAAUAAUGACUUUGGUGUUUUCAUUUGGCAAAUCAUGGGCUCUUAUUUUUCUAAAUAGAUUAAUUUAAUGUAGGAUUUUAGACCAAAUAGUUUAUCAAUAAACUAAGGGAUUGUGAAAUAACUAACAAUAACAACUUGAAUUGGAUAAAUGUGAAGAUUACCACUUAUUUUUAUGGCCAGUUUUUACCAUAAGUAUUUUAAUAUAAAAUACUUUUCCAGAAUAGCAUUCCCAAAUAGAUUUCCUGUUGUUUUGAAUUAUUCCUAUAUCUGUGAUUAUAGUAUCUUAAAUUUAAACUAGUAUUUAUUUUUAAAUUAUUCUAGGAUGGUUAAAAGCUGAUAGUUAUUAUGAGAAAUUAAAUAUGAAAACUAGUAAAAUUGCAUUUUUACCUCCUUUCAGCUAUCCUUUCAAUGCCUCAAAAAACUUUUAUUUUGUAAAAUUACUGUCUUGAAAACCCAGGCUAUAAUGAUUUCUCAAUUUUGCUUUGGAAUGAUUUUACACAAACUGUGCUAUUUUAAAAUAGAUAAAACCCCACUUGAGCAAGAACAGCAAACCACCUUACUGGAUGUGGUUUAGUUUUUUAGUUUAGUUUUUUUUUUUUUUUAAUCAUUCAUCUCCUAAAAAUACUUGAGGAUUUUCUUUAAUCAGAAUUGUAUUAUACUAAAUAUUUAAGGCAUUUCUGAUUUUUAAAAAAAAAUACUGAAUUGUUGAAAGAUUAAGACACUUAGGACUAUCAUUGAGUUGCAAGAUACUGUUUACAUCUUAAGACUGGGUUGUUGUCUGUUGUUGUUUUUCCAGCUUACACUACAUGGACAGUAUUUCCUAUUUCAAAGUUACUUAUGAAGGGAAGUGUGAAGGGAACAGGGUAGGCUAUGCUCUUUGCUUUGAUUUAUAUAGAAUCUCAUUUGAUCAGUGGUGGCCCUUGCUUGCUGGCCCCAUCUUUUAUAUAUCUCUACUGUUACUUUAAGACAACUCAGGGGAACAAACAAGACAAGCCUAACUUGGUUAUAGGCACGCACAUACACACACACACACACACACACACACACACACACACACAGCUGCAUAUAAAGUGGCAUUCCUCAUCACUUGCUCUUUUUUGUACAGCAUUUUAUCAGCAAUAGAUAUACUGGACAAUCUGUAAAAUUUUGUGGGAGUGGGGAGGGAGUAGAGGAGAAUGUAAAUGCCCCCCCAAACAAGCACUCAACAAAUGAAGUGGAUAUAGCAAUUCUUUUGUCUCUGCUUGAGAACAAUAUUGAGCUUGUGGCUGUUUGUAUCUUUAUAUUACUUCAGCACUUUAUAACAUAAUCUUUUUCUUUUCCUAAAAUGUCCAAUACCAAUUUCAUGUUAAUAACUGAAAAAUCUACUCUUUGUACAUUCUGAAUGUAAUGGCAUGAAUAAAUAUAUGUAUGUUUCGGCAAUCUAAUACUCUAGGUUUUUAAGUGGAAAAAAUAAAAAAAGGACGUUGAUUCUGGUAUUACUAGAAAACAA